UGUGGCGCUUCUGCAGGUGGCAUAUUUGUGUGAGUGGUGUCAAGUGGAACUUCGUUUUUUUUUUGGGAGAGAGAUUCACUGAAUUUCUGCAGAGGUGAAAAGUUUGUGCGAAAUUUCGUUUGACUGGAGGUGUUUGAGGCGAUGGCGAACAAGGCGCCUGGGACUAACCCUGUGAAAAAGGUUCCGAUUCAUCUCAAGAGCUCGCAGAACCGGAUCCUCAUCAAGGGCGGUCGCGUCGUCAACCAUGACAACAUUUUCGACGCUGACGUUUACAUUGAGGACGGUGUCAUCACGCAAGUCGGAAAGGAUUUGACGAUUCCUGGUGGCACGCGAACCAUCGAUGCCCGGGGGAAACUUGUCAUUCCAGGUGGUGUUGAUGCAAAUACCCAUUUGCAAAUGCCGUCCAUGGGAACGCGAUCAGUGGAUGAUUUCUAUCAGGGAACAAAAGCUGCUUUGGCCGGUGGCACGACUACCAUCAUUGACAUGGCUUUGCCACAGAAAGGAGAGUCUUUGUUGGAAGCCUUCGAGAAGUGGAAGCAAUGGGCUGAGGACAAGGCUUGUUGCGAUUAUGCCUUGCAUGUCGCUGUGACCUGGUGGGGACAGCAGGUUGCUGCCGAAAUGGACGAGUUGGUGGCGAAACACGGAGUGAACUCUUUCACCAUGUACAUGGCGUACAAGGACUUGUUGCAGUUGCAAGACCCCGAAAUGAUCCAGGUUUUCAAGAUGUGCAGAAAUAUUGGCGCACUGGCUCUCGUUCACGCGGAAAACGGCGACUUGAUUGCGGAAAAUGUCAAGAAACUGCUGCAGGCCGGAGUCACUGGGCCAGAAGGUCAUGCCUUGAGCCGUCCCGAGGAACUUGAAGCUGAGGCUGUAAAUCGUGCUGCUACUAUUGCAAACCAGGUGAAUUGCCCGCUGUAUGUGCUGAACGUGAUGAGCAAGUCGGCGGCGGACGUGAUCGUGGAGAAGAAGAAGCACGGCGCCGUUUUGUUCGGCGAACCGAUUGCGGCGUCCCUGGCCACGGACGGCACGCACUACUGGAACAAGUGCUGGCGCCACGCUGCGGGCCAUGUCACCAGUCCGCCCCUGAGCCAGGAUCCCACGACCCCGGGUUACCUGAUGGACCUGUUGGGCAGUGGAAGUCUGGACUUGGCCUCGUCGGCAAACACCACGUUCACGGAAGGCCAGAAGGCGGCUGGAAAGGACGACUUCACCAAGAUCCCGCACGGACUCAAUGGCGUCGAAGACCGCAUGUCCGUCGUCUGGGAACGAGGCGUGUCGGCGGGCAAAAUGGAUCCCUGUCGUUUCGUCGCCGUCACUUCCGCCAACGCGGCCAAAAUUUUCAAUCUGUAUCCGCAAAAGGGUUGCAUAGCCGUGGGGUCUGAUGCUGAUGUGGUUGUGUGGAACCCGAACCGCACCCGUCAGAUCAACGCCAAGACCCAUCAGCAGGCUGCGGAUUUCAACGUCUUUGAGGGAAUGAUUUGCCACGGGGUGCCCGAGUACGUGGUUGCAGGAGGACGCGUUGUUCUGGACGAAGGAGAGUUGCGAGUUAGUCAAGGUGCAGGACGUUUCAUCGCCACUCCGCCUUACUCGCCGCACAUUUAUCUCAGAGUUCACGAGCGCGAAAAGGUGCGAUUCCCGCGGAAAGUCGACAGAGACGCCUACGAGCCCGGAGCGCCGCCGGUGAGCAGCAUCAAGUCCGUGAUGGAACCGGCGCCGUUUGUGGCGUCCGUCACUAGCAAUAAUGGAGCAACGUCGCCUUCCAGCAACGGUCAUCAUCAUCAUCAUCAUCACGCCAACGGGAACGGAAGUGUCGUCGGAGAGGUGACCUCUGGCGUCAAUGGCCUGAGCUUGACCAACGGCGGUGGCGGCAGUCGCAAGGUGUCGGGCGAGUACAAGUCGCCGCCGGGGUCGGCUAAUUCCGCGCAGGGCGACGGAUUCCAUCUGCGAGGCGCCACUGCUGCUGGCAGCAUCAACAUGCAGGACUCUACUUUCUCGGUUUCCGGCGCGCAAAUUGACGACGACACCCCGAGGCGCUCUACGAUCAAAGUUCACAAUCCACCAGGAGGGAAAUCGUCUGGCGGCUUCUGGUGAACACCAUUGAUGGAGAACACAUGAUCCUGAUGAUGGGAAGCUGAUACGGAAGACCUUCUUCUCUCAUUUUUGCAGACGAGAGGCUCGCAUUUUUGUUUUAGAUUCUUUCCUUUUUCGAGUCCAAGUUUUGAUCAGAUAUUUCCUUUUGUUUUCCGGCAUGUCGAAAUCAACUUUCUCUUGAGCGUCGAAUUCAGCACAUGUGUAUCAUGAAAGCUUUUUAGAUCAGCGUUCGCAGCUAAAAGAAACCAUGCAAUUUUUUUUUGGGUGGAAAAGCCUAGUCGAUAACAUAAAAAAAAGAACAAAUCGGAAAAAAGGAAGGAAAAAAAUCUUAUGCGGAAAAUUUUCUUUUUAUUUUGUACAUAUAAGGAGGAAAAGUAACUGAAGCUGUUUUAUUGGUGCAGCUGUAAAUUUUCCAAGCCUGCUCCUGGUCUCGGUUUUGCAAAAAGAAAAAGAGAAGAAAAAUUUGCGUUUCGUUAUAUUUGAUCCUAACUCACGCGUUUUAAAACAAGAAAUGUUUGACCGACAAGUUUGGCAAAUAUUUCGCGUAUGUUUUCGUUGUUGAAGAAAAAUUUCAAAAGAGGACGUUGUUGCGUUUCGUUCCAUCACUUUCAAAUUUUGUGUGUUUUUUUUGUGCAUGUUUUUCGAAAAGUUUCGUCGUUGUCGGACGAGUAAUUUGUUUCUUCCCUCUUGUUUUGUUUUGUUUUUUUAUUCCGAUUCGGUUGACUGAUGAUUCGAUGACCAAUCGAAAAAAAAAAAUAUUUGAUCAGUGCUGUUGCUGGAGGUUCUCCUUCGAAUUGCAAACACUUUUUUCUGUGCGCAAAUUAUUCGGAGAUUGCUUGCUUAUAAUUAACUCGCCUUUUGUCCUUUCUUCGGAAUCGCAACUGAGGAGAAUUUCAAGAACUUCAUCCUGCGGCUGAAAUACAAUAUGUUCCUGGAAUUUAUUACAA